AUGGACAGAGUCACCAGGCACCUGGUCUUCCAGCACCCGCAGACCUCGCUCAAGCAAGAUUAUCACGAUGCUUACCAAGCUGGCUCGUUUGCAGAGCAGAGGGCUGACAGCGACGACGACGUGUUUGGCUCUGCUCAACACGGCAGCCAGAGUGUGGAAAACGGCUAUGGCUGGAAAACGAGGUCCAAGUCACCCUCGUAUUUCCUGGAUGGUGGAAAGGAUGUUUGGACCCCGUCUCCGGACAGGGAGUCCAAGCUGGAGGUGGUGAGGUCGGGAAGCCUGUACGACCUCAGGGCUUACAGAGGCGAGAGGAAACCCUCGAAGCUUUACGAUGAGGAUGAGCAGGAAGAGUACAGGGUCCCUCCACCAAACAUCUCACCCCAGAAAGCCAAGGAGCUUCAGGACGAGAGGAGGGAGGUCAUCCAGAGCCAGGUGGUGAGGAAGAGCUCCACCGUGGCCGAGAGGUGGAGUUCCAUGGAUGAGCUGAGCUCCAUAAACACCGGCACGGGCAGCCAGGGUGAAGGCAGGCACCCGGGCAGCUUCGCCAUUUGCUUUGACAAGCCUUCCUCGGGGAGGGCAGCAACGCCUGUUGACCCUGAAAAUAUUGACACGGAGCAGAUCAACUUCUCUGCUGCUCGGCAGCAGUUCCUGAUGCUGGAGAAGACCAACCCGGGCUCUUUUUUCAGCCCAGGGCAACAGGCCAUGUCUCCAAAGCCAGAGUCGAUGACAAAAGUCUCUAGGCAAGAGUGGCAUAGUCCUGAGAUGGCCACGAAGGCCGCAAGAGGUUACGGUAAUGCCAGUGCAUCCAGCCAGAGCAGGACGGACAAGACCGUGUAUCAGGUUUAUAGUGUGUCCUACAAGACACCUGUGAAGGAGGAGUGCUAUGCUCCCAGAAGGGCUGAUACUGAAAAAUCGUAUCCCACCGGGAAAACGUUCAGCUUGACUCAAGCAUCUUCCAGAGAGGACCUGGACUCCGGCUUGGGUGAGAUGUAUAACGAAGCCAGUGCAGGCUACACCAGCGACGGAAGCACAUCCACCGAGAUCUUCAGCGGCCUUGUGGAUCUGGGGGCCACCAGCAGUGGUCUGGACAAGGAGACCAAGAUCAGCAACGAGACGCCCAUCGAGCGGGAGAUCCGCAUGGCGAUGGAGAGGGAGGAGAACCUCUGGAAGGAGAGGGGGAUCCAGCGGCUGACCUCCAGCAGGGAGCUGCGGGUGGAGAUCCAGACCAAGCCUCUCCUCUCCAUGCACGUCUCUCCUGGCCCAGGCAGGAAAGGGAAGGACAAAGGCCGCGCUUCCCUUUACGUCCAGAGGGAAAUUGAGCAGGAAACCAAGCGCGAGGAAGAUCUGAAGAAGGAAGGGAGGCUGCUGGGGACGUAUGACAGGGGGACGCAGCAGGAGCUGGACGAGCGCAGGAGGGUGUUUGAGCAGGAGGAAGCCCCCCCGCAGAAGCCCACCCCCACGAGGAAGGCGGACGAGCGUAGGAGCUGGGUUAAUGAGCUUGCGGCAGAGCAGCCCACGAGCCACGGCCCUGCAGAAGACACCAGGGGUGGCAGAAGCUUUCCCAGCUACGCAGCGAGCACCACGCACUUCCAGGCGUCCCAACCGCGCUUCGCCGCCAGCGAGAAGAGCUGGGAGCAGCCCCCGGUGUCCCAGCGCGUUUCCGCCAGAGCCAGCAAAUGGGGGAGCGAGGAUUCCCAGGGAGGAAGGCUUCCCGGCUCCACCCUGAGCCCUGUCGGCACCGCUGUCCUGCCCAGAAAGUAUUUCUCCUUCUCCUUCUGGAAGCCCGAGGUCUCCUUCGUGGACGACAUGGGGACGCAGAACCCGCUGCGGAGGGAGGAUGGCCGGGAGGAGCAGUACAAGCUGAGGACCUGGAAGCCCCACACGCUGGCGCUGAUUGAGAAGGAGAUCCGGAGCGACUUGCAGAGGGAAGAGGAGCUGCAGGAGCAGCGGCGGCGGCAGCUGAUAGACGGCUACUCCGUGGUCAGCAGUGACGGCGUUCCCCAGGAGGGCUCCCGCUCGCGGCACAGCUCCG